AUGCCUACCUUCAACACCACCUCGACCGAUCUAGGGCUCGACCACCACAUCACCUCCCCCAUCGUCGAGCAAUAUGUCUACCCAACCUUCAUCGCCGUCGCCUGGUGCAACGCCCUCGACCUGAUCGUGCUCUGCUUCAACACCUUCAAGCGCUACUCCGGCCCCUACUUCUGGUCCCUCCUCGUGGCCUCCUUCUGCAUCAUCCCCUUUGGCCUCGGCUACGUCCUCAAGAUCUACAGCAUCACCUCCACAAACUACUUCCUCGAAAUCGCCAUCCUCGAUGCCGGCUGGUCCGGAAUGGUCACGGGGCAGUCCCUCGUCCUCUGGUCGCGGCUGAACCUCGUCUUUGAUAACCGCCGCGCCCUGAAAGCCCUGCUAUACCUGAUCAUCGUGGACGGGGUCGUGCUGCACACCUCCUGCACGGCGCUCGAGUUCGCGACGAACGCCCUGCGCGGGUCGAACGGGGUCGCGACCGCGUUCGACGUCAUGGAGCGCGUGCAGCUCGUCGGCUUCUGUCUGCAGGAACUGCUGCUUUCGGGGCUGUAUAUCUACAAGGCGGUGCCGCUGCUGAAGAUCGAUGCGGAUCGCCGCUCGCACGGGGUCCUGGUGCAGCUGAUCGUCAUCAACGUGGUCAUUAUGGCGUUGGAUGUGUCGGUCGUGGUCGUGCAGUAUCUGGGCUUCUUUACGUUCCAGGUUACCUUCAAGGCGUUGGUGUAUAGCCUCAAGCUGAAGCUGGAGUAUGUUAUUCUGGGGCGGUUGGUGGAGGUUGCGCAUGUGCGGACGCCCGCUGUUGCGCGGAUGAGGUUAUAG